GCUUCACUGCUUGUUCAUCACACAGAAGCCUAACAACAAGGGAAGAGUCUCGGCGGUUCCUAAACCGUGCAUCAUGAAAAGUCGAAAAACACGAGUCAGGACUGCCGAAUAUUGCCAGUCUGCAAGCAGUCACCGCAUUUGGAUGACCGCCACCCUCUUUCGAUGGGCUCACCGUCCGGCAGCGAACCAUACUCAGCGGCGCCUGCGGGCGAGCGCCAUCAAAAAGCCACCAGUUUCUGACGCAACUACGCUUGCAUAGGCCCGGUCGAGUCACAGAGCCAAAACCAAUUCGACAGUCUGGUUGUUCCCGUCACUUUUCCAUCAUCGCGUUGCGCCACACACCGACCAACAGAUAUCGAUGCAACAGACCGACAGGGGCCUCACACCCACGCCGUUCAGCCCGAUUUUGGGUCCGGCCCACGUUGCCUCCUGAAUGGCUGGUGCUUCCCCCGUUGACAUUUGCCUUACCACCUUCCACGUUCUGGUCAUCGCUGGAAACUCGGCAUUGCCCACCAACGACCUUCAAAUCAGUCGAAUUCAGCACCGAACUCUGAAGACACCAUGCCCCAUUGAGCUGCGAGGCCGUCGGUUCAGCUCGAACACCGAUGAGAGGACAACCAUUGACAGCCAGACAAGCUUCAUCAAGCUUUGAAUGAUUAUCUUUGGCAUGGCUUGGCCUCUGCGGCGACAAGCCAAGUGGACCGAGGAAUUUGUCCGACUUCUCACUUUGCAACACGUGUGCCGUCCCUGUCCGGGAAAUACAAUCAAAGUUGUGCUCGCUUCGAGACGGCAUUUGCUGACAAGCAUGCAUAUUGGUGAGGUAGCACAGCUGUGGUUUCAUAUACACUAGCCGCAUCGAGCAGGGACCAGCACUGAACAUCUCUUGAACCCCUACCAGUUGGGUGGCUUGACGCCCUGCUGACGAUCUUUACCCUCCCCCGCAAUCCGUCCUUCACGGUCACAAGCUGCCGAGUUGUGAUAGUUUCUGGACACACCUGUUGCUCAUUUAGCGUCGCUGUAGCUCGAACGAGCCGAACUGGAUCUUCUUGGGUUCACAAACGAGCGGUUACUGGCGCCGGCCUGCCACUAUUUCUCAUCUCUGUUCAUUUCUGGUCGAUAUGAAGGCUGUUGUGCCAGGACCUGUCAGAUGCAGGUAUUCCCACGCCGAUGCAACCCCCUACUUCCCCUCGCGUGUGGUGUCCUGCCCUUCUGGCCUCCCAUUCGCUGGUCGGCUGCGACGCCAUCUCCAGAAUGCAAAGAUUCCCUGGGUGCCCAUCUGAUUUGUCGGUAUUUCUCUCACACCUUUUUGUGGGGUUGAGAUCCGAAAAAGUACACCAGGCUGGGUCAGGUGCAGCAACCGAAUAUGACGCCUCAGAGGCAAACAUGCCAGCAAGGAGGGUGGCCUUUGACAAGUCUCGAACAUCAACAAGACACAAGACAAUAGGAUUGUCUCUUUGAUCCAGCCCAAGCAAAUAUUGACAUGUGUGUCUUGGAUUCUCCUGACUAUAUCGUUGAAUCCACUAUUUGCGAUUGUCUCAUGUGGCCAAGACUGCCAAUGCAGACAAAACAAGGUUUGGACGGCAGGCUACUUCGGGAGCAGAGUUUCUGGGUCAAUCCAAGCUGCCCAGGCACCCGAUCGAUGAUUAGCCGGCAGAGGGUAAUCCACCACCAUCAGUGACCCUCCCGACGUCACGCAAGACGUCCCCAUGGGCAUCCUUAACCAGGGGCCGUGGCCGGCGGCACAGAGCCUUCUUUUUUUUUUCUGCUUCUUUUAGUAGUCCCCUCACACCCAACCGCGACCACUCCGGCCCUUUGUGCCCCCACUCUCUUCAACAUACCUCAAAUACCUAUAAAAGGAAGACGGCCUUCUCUUCAAACCACAGUUGUCGCUAGCACCAUCACGACGUCACAAUUUAUGAGGUGUGACCUUAUAUUUUUCCACCAGGCUCUCUCUCUCUUUUCUCUCUCUCUUUCUCUCUCCGUGUACUACGCCAAACACAACUUCAACAAUAUCCAAUCCCAACAAGACAACCCUCCAGCCGCAUCAGAACAUUCCCAGUGCAUCUUCUCCAAAUCCAUUAGACGCACUUGCCACACUCACAAUGGCGAGCCAAUCCCCACGGCCCCAACUCAGAAAGAAGGCGAGCUUCCGGGACCGCUUCAAGUCAUGGCAGAAAUCGGCACCUCCCGCUUUGGAGGCAAUUGAGGAACCAAAGCAAAAGUUUGUCUACGAGCCCAAGCAUGCCGCCUCGGACUUUUCUCGCAUGCCAGUGUUGCCAGUGGGCAGCCAGAGACACCGGAUCUUUGACUCCAGGCGAACUGCCCCGUUGCAAAGUUUGCCUGAGGGGACAACAAGACUCAAAGCACGUAGGGGAAGACAGUCAGAAGGGAGGAGAACAGACGACGCAGUGAACCCUCCGCCCCAGUUGGCGCUCCAACAUGAGCUGGCGAGAAGAGAUUCCAAGUCAAAACGAUACUCCUACACUCUGGUAGAGGAUCCGUUGCGGGUUUCCCAAACGGCAGCCGUCCACCAAGUUCCUAUCAGCACCCGACCGAUGAGUUGGGACCAAGCUCCGACAGAGCUCCGGCAGGCAAGCCACACCCCAACAAGACACCACUCUCACAGUCAGCACACCCGGCAGCCAAGAGCGUCGCCAUCGACAGACUUUGAACUAUUCCUUGCCCAAGCUGAAGCCGAAGAACGCGCACAUCACGAGGUUGUCUUGCGCCAGAUGUCACAGCGCGCAGCGGCGGCUCAGGCGGCUUAUCCCCAUCGGCCUACUGUCCAUCCCAAUCCCCACACGCAAUUUGCGAGUGCGGUGUCGGAUGUAAGCGCCGCCACCACAGCCGUCGGAGGAAGGACGUCCGUCAGUGGCGGAAGCAAGAACAGCAGCCGGAGAAGCAGAGAUGCUGCGUCCACUGGCACCGGGAAUCGAUCGCAUUCGUCUUUUGCCCGUCCUCUCCCAACAGAAGUCUCCCAACAACCGCUCGAGCAGCCGCCUCAACGAUUGCGCCACAAAGGACAUUCAAGAAAUCCCAGCUGGGCUACUGGUGCGAGUGUGGAGUUGACGAAGCUUGAUACAUUUGCCGCGGAAACCGCGCCCACUGUGCAACCGGUUCAGGUGUUGGGCGUGGAUGAGGCCUUCAAGCCUCCCCAUACACAAGUUGACCAGCCACGAACGUUGAGACGGCAGUCGAGCAUAGCUCAGAAGAUAGCCGAGUACAUCCGACCUUCUCGACAGGUGGACGGCGGUGUUGGGUACCAGAGGAGUGGAUCCAAACGUCAUAGUCAGGCCAUCCCUAAAGUCGAAACGCUGGCCGAGUAAGAAUUCGGAUUCAAGUCUGACUGGGUAUUAGAGUUGGGAGAAUGAAGGAUGAUAUCAUGAAUGGAUGGACCGGGACACUAAAAAAGAAUGGGGUCCAUGUGUUUUGGCAGAUACCUCUGAAGCAGGCGAAUGACGACACGGAGAAUGAAUAAAUACCAGGUUGGAUAUAUCAAGGAACGGGCGCAUAUUCGAGUCGAAGUAUGUCAAGAGUUCUGAGAUUGAAACAAGUGCUAGCUGGGCUAGAUGGGAAAGUAAUCGCAUCGUAUGGUAGAUUCAGUAUUGACAUCCAAUGAGACGCUUACAGCUUGCUGUCACAAAGACCUUUUUCACCUGACGCUCCUGAACAUAAGCUCACGAUCCGUCGCCUGACGUUUGAUGUCUGGGGAAGUGCACGCAAGCUAAACCUCGAUAGUCAAUCAAUGGCGGCUACCCCUCACGCUACAUCCCCAAGCAGCUCUGCAAGUACGUAACGACGAUCCUCUCACCAGUGUAGGGAUUCUCUCCCCCUCAUGAACCCCACACCAAGCAUGUCAAAAGAAUAUCCCGUCUCUCCGCAUGCACAACCAUGUCGGGGGGCCGGGAGUAGAGGGGGUUCUAUUCGGAGGGUAGUACUAUGCCGGCAGAUGCGGAGCAAUCCUCCCCAACCUCGACCGCGUGCCAGGUAUCGCGGGGUAGGUUGUGGGCGGAAAUAUUAACCGUGUAGACCGAACUUUGGGAGAUAUAUUUCAACUCUGGUAUCUCGCCGUCGCCAACUUUCCUGCUUCUUCUCACCAUUCCCAAGUUGCUACUGGUUCAUUACGAUGUCCUCCGGAUCCUCCACCCCCGAAGCCACCACCCCGAUUCCCACCCUCCCCGAGACCCAUUCCGGCAUCCCCCCGUAUCUCCUCCCCAAAGCCACCCGCGCCAAGGAAGCCGUCUUCUCCGGCCGGACCAAACCCGCUAAGCCCCGCAGUCGUGAGGUGCCGGUGGUUCCCCAGGGUGUUUCCCGCGAUCAGUUCCUCGAGGCGUUGGAGGAACUGAAGCGGGAGUUGGGAGAGGAGAACGUCGAGGUGAAUGACAAACCUUUGAAAGAUGGGUGGUACAUGGAGCACCCCAACACGCACGACAUGAUGACUAUUUUGGAUGAAGAGGAGUUUGUCGCCGGGGCGGUUGUCUACCCGGGCAACACAGACGAGGUGGUCAAGAUGGUGAAGUGGGCCAACAGAUGGCUUGUUCCCAUUUUUCCUAUAUCCAUGGGGAGAAACCUGGGCUAUGGCGGCGCCGCUCCGCGAGUGAGGGGUUCGGUCACGGUUGAUCUGGGGAGGAGGAUGAAUAAGAUACUGGAUAUCAACCCCCAGGAUUAUACCUGCUUGGUUGAGCCGGGGGUGUCGUUUUACGGGUUGUAUGAAGAGCUUGGGAGGAGGGGGUUGAGGGAGCACAUGUGGGUUGACACGCCUGAUUUGGGGGGGGGGAGUAUCAUUGGGAAUACGGUUGAUCGCGGGGUUGGGUAUACCCCUUAUGGGGAUCACUGGGCUUGUCAUUCGGGUUUGGAGGUGGUGUUGCCUACUGGGGAGGUGAUUAGGACGGGGAUGGGGGCGUUGACGGAGGGGGGGGAGAAUACUUGGGGGGUGUUUCCUUAUGGGUUUGGGCCUUAUUCUGAUGGGAUUUUUUCGCAGAGUAAUUUUGGGAUUGUGACCAAGAUGGGGAUGACGCUGAUGCCAAAUCCGGGGGGGCAUGAGAGUUUUAUGUACACCUUUCCCAAAGAAGAAGACCUCGGCCCUCUUAUGGAAAUCAUCCGCCCCCUCCGCAUCUCCACCAUCCUCGAAAACGUCGCCCAGCUCCGCCACGUAACCCAAACCAUCGCCGCCUCUGGCCUCCCAAAAUCACACUUCUUCUCUGGCAGUGGUACCAUCCCCCCCGAAAUAAUCCACUCCGCCGCCGCCGCCUCCCCGGUAGGCGACCACACCUGGGCUUACUACGGCAUGUCCUACGGCCCGCCCCACAUCCGCUCCUACAAACUCGCCAUCAUCGACGCCGAGUUCAGCAAAAUCCCCGGCUGCCGCAAAAUCGACCCCUCCACCCUCCCCGAGGACGAAUAUUUCUGGUCCCGAGACAGAAUCGCCUCCGGAACACCCGACAUCCACGAACUCCGCUGGGUGAACUGGGCCCCCAACGGUGCUCACAUUGCCUUUUCCCCUGUCUCCCCUAUCCGUAGUGCUGAUGCUACGAAACUCUUCCAGCUGGGCAAGAGGAUUCAUGAAAAGUACGGGAUUGAUUUCAUGCCUGCUUUUAUUGUUGGACUGAGGGAGAUGCAUUUGAUUGUGGAGAUUGUUUUUGAUAGGGAUGACAGGGAGGAGAAGGAGAGGGCGUUGGGGUGUCUGAGGGAUAUGGUUGAUGAGGCUGCGAGGGAGGGCUACGGGGAGUAUAGGACGCAUUUGGUGCUGAUGGAUCAGGUGGCAGGUACGUAUGGGUGGGGUGGGGGGCGCUGGGGAGGUUUAAUGAAAGGUUGA